CGGGGCGAGGCGGGAAGCGAAAGCGCAGCGGAGAAGGGAAGUUGUGAGCGCGGCCAUGGCCGCAGCGCCAGAUCGCGGCCCGGCCACCCAGCCCGGCCCGGUCCCGUCGCCGCCCGACCUGCACUCCGUGCCCAUGGUAGCGCUGAACUACGGCGUGCGGCGCCGCCUCGGCCUCUACCUCAACCCGCGGGCGGCGGCGGCAGCCGACUGGACGGCGCUGGCGGAGGCGCUGGGCUGCGAGUACCUGGAGAUCCGGCGGCUGGAGGGGCGGCCCGACCCCACGGCCGCGCUGCUGGAGGAAUGGCAGGGCCGCUGCCCCGGCGGGGCCACCGUCGGCCGCCUGCUCGACCUCCUGAAGAGACUGGGCCGCCACGACGUACUCCUGGACCUGGCGGACAGCGUGGAGGAGGACUGUCGGAAGUACUUGCAGAGGAAGCAGGAGCAGGCCGACCAGCCCCUUCAGGUGCCAGCGGUAGACAGCAGCGUGCCGAAGACGUCGGAGCUGAUGGGCAUCACCACCAGGGACGAUCCGUACGGGAGCGGAACAGAGAUGUUUGAUGCCUUCAUCUGCUACUGUCAGAAAGACCUUCAGUUUGUCCAGGAGAUGAUCAGGCAGCUGGAACAAACGGAGUUCAAACUGAAGCUCUGUGUAUUUGAUCGGGAUGUCUUGCCGGGAACAUGUGUGUGGUCCAUCAGCGGAGAACUUAUAGAAAGGAGGUGUCGGAGGAUGGUGGUCGUGGUUUCAGAUGAUUACCUAGAAAGCGAUGAAUGUGAUUUUCAGACCAAAUUUGCUCUUAGUCUUUCCCCAGGUGCUCGUUCCAAACGGUUGAUUCCUGUCAAAUACAAAAGCAUGAAGAAUGAGUUUCCAAGUAUCUUACGGUUCAUUACAAUUUGUGAUUACACCAAUCCUUGCACCAAAAAAUGGUUCUGGACGAGACUGGCAAAAUCCCUCAUGCUGCCGUGAUGCGAAGUCGUGAGAGCUCGACGCCGUUUUUGUCACCUGUCCUGGCUGUGCUUUCAGAUCGUGGUGUCAAUCACACAGGGUCUUCUACCACUUCAGAACCUGGAUCCUCACAGUUGGUGUUUGGAGACUGUGACCAGAAGCAAAGAAUUUUCUUCUAGCACUUUUUUAUAACUCGGAUGGGGAAAUAAAGCAACUUCAUGAGGUGUUUGUGUUUGAGUCAGCGAGCAACAGCAUCCAGCAUUUUGUGUAGUAAGCACCUUCACUGAAAAUAUAGAAAAUAUACAUAGACUGAGUGCCUAAUACAAGAAGGCUCCAUUGUAAGCAUUUAAUAAGACCACAAAUGGAGGUUUCAGACGGUUUCCUGCUUUGUGAAUGGCCAGUGCCAUGAGAAUGAUGGAUUUGGGCAGCCUUGGUGGGGGUUGAUGUCCCUGCCCUGCGCUUGUUCCUUCACUCCUCGUUUUGCAAAAAGCAGACGUAUAUUUUAAUUGGUAAAGCACUGCAAAAAAUACAUAUAUACUUCUGUUCUUAGUAAUAUCUGCAAAAUUACAACGAUUACCCAUGUAAUUAUAACUAAUGCAGAACUGCUGAGUGUGGUUUAUCUUCUGUGGAUGUUUUGCUCCACGUUAUAUCACAAUAUUCCUGUCCCGUGUUCAUUUACAGGGCGAAUCCCUUCUCACUGCCAUUUCCUGAGGCAGUCUCAGAUUUGCUAUAAGUGAUUAUCUUUGGCUUGUUGAAAGCAAGAAGGGUAAGCAAAGACACACUCUUGUACCAUGUCAGUCAUGUCUGUCUGUGUUCGGGUCACAUUUGAUUAAGUGACAUUACACCAGUAUUUUAUAGUCUCAGAUCUUAUUAAAUUUUUCUUCCUUUGGUAGAAAUUCAGUCCUAAAAUAUGUAUUUUCAGUGAAAGUCCUUACCACACAAAGUAUGCGUUGCUGUUGCUCAUUGACUUGCCCAGGAACAGAGUUGUGCACCUAAUUGGGUCCAGAUCUUAAAUUAUUUUACCUUUAAGAGCCUUCCAAAACACAUCAGCUUUGGGGAUGCCUCCAAGGUACAAGGAUAAAUAUUGAAUAAAGAGUGUAUUAAAUUGUCAGUUGGGCUGUUUAAAAUGUUACAUUAAUAGGAACGCAUGUAUUUUAAUUAACCACCACAAUAAUUACUGUAUUUCUGUGACUAAAGCUAGGAGCAACAUCGAUACUUGUUAGACUCAGCCUUGAAUCCUGCAGAGCGACCAGUGGGUCUCAUCAGUGCUCAGGGGUGGGGGGCAAGAGUUCUGCCCAAAGUAGCGUUUUAAAGCCACCCAUUGGUGUAUUAAACAGAUUUUUCAGUAAAUAUUUCCUUUCUAAACUGGAAAGAGAAGAAUCUCGCUCACGUAUCUGCGUUUGCUUGACCUCUGCUGCUUUGCUCAUUACUUCAGCCACUGCCUCAUGUUGAUUUUACAGCUUAACAUUUUACUAGUUUAAAUUUUUAAGGUUGCAUCUGCGUGUAGGUUUUUUGGGGUUGUUUUAGGAUUUCUUUUAAAGCGUUACCAGGGCUGAUGUGCAGACAGAAACAUGUGCUCUGCCCUUCCCUCGCCCACCCUGUCAACGAAUGGUCCCUUACUUUGGGGUGCUGCAAAAUCACAUCCCCACGUGGCUGCUGGUUCCUCCUGGCUGGGGACACUUGAAUACAGAGAAUAUUCUUCCACCUCAUUUAGCUUGUGGGACCAUUUUUGGACAGGCCCAUGAAUGUUUUUCAGUCUCUCCUACAAAAAUAACAGCUGCUGCCGUGCCAAGGUGACGUUUGUACCUGUCUUGCUUGAACAAGUGAGAAGUCCGUGGGUAUGGGAGGAGAAAAGUGAAGCUGAUGAGGGGAUUCUAAAUAGUUCUUCAUGUUCUGUUGCCCUCAGGCCUCUCCUGCAGAAGCAGAGACAGCUGCUCACCUCGGGGUUUCUGCAUAAUCGUUAAAUGUUAAUUACACCAGAGUUUCUGCAGGCUGCGUGAUCCCCAGGCGCUCCUGGGACUCGGUGAAUUCUCAUAGUCUAUAAACAUUAAUUAUGAGUCAUUACUGGCAGGACCAAACCAGAUUCCUCUCGGUUGGAGAGCGGGGAGGACUUGGGAGCGCGGUGGCGGUGCCGACGCUAGAGGGAGGUCCUGCCCUGGAGAACUGGGUCUCUUUGCUCUUCUGAGGAGCUAAUACCAAAAAUAGCGAGAAUUUUGGCAGAUUGAGCCUCACGUGGCACCUUCUGCACGAGUCCUGACGGGCGGUUUGGGACUUGGGAUGUUGUAAAUAAUAAUAGCAGUAAAAAUUAAUAAUGUUUGUAAUAGGUGAUCCGGCGAUCGGUGAACGCUCAAAGCGCCGCUGCUGCAAGGGAAGGCAAAACCAAUUAGAAAUCUUCUGAAUUCCUGUAGAUAAAUGCGAUAUUCCAGAGAAUUGUGGAAGAUGUCAGAGCUUUGGCUGAUGUCGGUAUCGCUCGCUGUGCCCUGGCCCUGUGCCCGGCUCAGAUGCCGGGCGGCUGUUACAGUUGUUGGGCUGUUGCUUUAUUGCAAGAGGUUGUAACUGUCUUGUAGGCUAAAAGAAUUAUAUUGGGGUAAAAUGAGGUAACAGCCCUAAACCAUAAAAUACGUGCUUUAUAUAUGUUUGCUAUGAAAUAAAACAGAGUUUUUGCACUUCUGACAUUUUUAUCUGUCUUGUCACGGUAACUUGGCAAAGUGUGACAUCUAUGAGUGAUAUAAAAUCUAGUUAUUGUAAAGAUGUUUCAGUGGCACUUGUGGUUCUCCCCUCUUUCCCACUUGCUGGAAGGUCAACAUUUCGAACACCUUUAAAAAAGGGACUAACAAAAUUGUGAUGUUAGAUUUAUUUUUUACCAUUUUGUUUCUUUCCCUCACUGAAAUUCUAGUUGAAUCUGUUAGUACCAAAUCAUUUAUUUUUAUAUAUAUAUACGGAUAUAUUUAUACUACUUUCCUGAUACAAAUCUUUGGAAAAGCAUAUGUGUUUUCUGAAAAUAGCCAAUGAUUCUGUGUUUUCUCCUCCUCAAAAAGCAAACAUUUUAAAAUAAAGAAUUAAAACUCA